AUGAUGAAACAAAAGUAUUCUUCCGUGAUCCAAGACUCACGAUUUCGCGGAGGGGCAAGUCUCGUUUCGCUAAUGAAUAAUCAUGAAGCAAUACUACCUGAGUUUGCAUCGAAGACUGCUUUGAAGAGCUCCAGAAAAAGGAAUAAACCUCUGUCGGUAAAGCGACUGCUCAGAAAGGAAUGGGACUACAUCAUUAUGAACGAUCAAACCCAAGCACCAGCGAGGAGUUUAACACAAAAGAACACAAUAAAAAUCCUCAAAAAGAAAUAUUUACGAAGGAUACAAGACUACUCGCCGUCCUCCACCGUGAUUCUCUUAAUGACGGCAGCUUACAAGUCCAGCAAAGUGAACUACUCCAGCGAUCUAGGUGGUUUCAAAAAGUUUACCAAAAAGCUGUUAGAGGGAUACGAAUCCUACGCUUCAGUCUUUCCAAACGCCAAGAUUGCUCCUCUCGGCCUUGGCUACAAAUACAUCAAGGACAAUUAUGAAAAACAGGUUUGGGAGCAGCUAUAUGCGAGUGACGGUUACCAUCCAUCUCCACACGGUACAUACUUGGAAGCAUGUAUAGUGUACUGCUCCAUAGUUGGAGAGGAGCCGCCCAAAUAUGAUGAGGAGUGGUGGGACACCGCUCAGUACAAGAUACGCAAAAAAGAUAGACCCACAAAACAGGAAGCAGCCAUUUUACACGAAGCAGCCUGUCAGGUCUGUGGUAUUGCCCAAGAAUAUGAGUUUAUGUUUGAGUUAUAG